UCCAUCCACCGCCCCCUUCUGCUGCUCGUUUUAAUUCCCUCUUGCUGCUCACCAACUUCUACUCUACUCCCACCAUUUCGUCAUCGCCUCGCCUUGCUAUCCUGCUCAUCGUCCACCUCUCCUUCUCCCAUCCAACCCGAGAUCUUUUUCUUCUCUCAGGCAUCGCCUCGCCUCGCCUCGUCGCGUCGCGUCUUCCCUUCGUCCCCAGAUAACCUGAGCAAGACGGUGGAGAAGCUGUCAAAUGUUUCUAGAGGAGCUCAAGAAACCAACAGAAAGCUCUAUCAGGGAGUGUUCCCAAUUCAGAUUAUGCAAAUGAGUGGAUGGUUACUGAAGAUUGUUCAUUGGGAAAACUUAAAGUGUGUGUGCAUGGAAGUUCAUGGCAAUCGUCGCAGCAGUCCAACAUGCCUUGUGCUGUGGACGAUUUUGAUAUCCUGCCUAUUGACAACAUGUUAUGGCAGUAUCCAGAAACAAGUUCUCUUGCCAGGGUUUGCUGCCGCGCAAAUGGACUACAUUGAUAAUGAUGGGAUAUUUCUUCUUUCUAAUAACUCUGUCUUUGGCUUUGGUUUUGUCACGAGCAAUGUCUCAGACAACACGUUCUACCUUCUUGCGGUGGUUCACCUGGACACUACUACCACCGUCUGGUCUGCCAAUUCCAACUCUCCUGUCUCCCAUUCAGACAAUUUUGUUUUUGACAAGGGUGGCAACGCCUCCCUGCAGUCAGGAGGCUCCAAUGUAUGGGCUACCAAUAUCUCGGGGAAAGGGACUGCCACCUCUAUGCAGCUACUGGACUCUGGUAAUCUUGUAGUGCUUGGGGAAGAUCCGUCUUCUCCUCUUUGGCAAAGUUUCAGUCAUCCAACAGACACACUUCUGUCUGGUCAGAAUUUCAUUGAUGGGAUGACGCUGGUGAGCAAGUCCAACACACAGAACGUUACCUAUACACUUCAAAUCAACUCUGGGAACAUGAUGUUGUACGCGGGCUUCGAGACACCGCAACCUUACUGGUCUGCACAGCAGGAUAGCCGAAUAAUCGUCAACAAGAACGGUAACAACAUAUACUCUGCAAACCUCAGUUCAGCUUCUUGGUCCUUCUAUGAUCAAUCAGGGUCCCUUCUAUCACAAUUAGUCAUUGCGCAAGGAAGUGCCAACGCCACAUUGUCUGCUGUCCUUGGUAGAGAUGGAUUGAUUUCCUUUUAUAUGCUGCAGGGUGGGAAUGGCAAGAGUACUUUGCCAAUUACAGCUCCGGCAGAUUCUUGUGACAUGCCAGCCCACUGCAAUCCAUAUACCAUUUGCAGUAGUGGGACUUGCCAGUGCCCUUCAGCCCUUGGCUCGUUUGCAAACUGCAACCCUGGUGUCAUAUCAGCAUGCAAAUCUAACGAGGAGUUUCGGCUGGUUCAACUGGAUAGUGGUGUUGGUUAUGUCGGCACUAACUUCUUCCCACCUGUGGCUAAGACAAACCUUACAGGAUGUAAGAAUGCUUGUAUGGGCAACUGCUCCUGCCUUGCUGUGUUCUUUGACCAACCUUCAGGCAAUUGCUUCCUUUUCAAUCAGAUCGGAAGCUUGCAGCAGAAAGGUGGAAACACAACUCGUUUCGCAUCUUUUGUCAAGGUAUCCAGCAGAGGAAAUGGUGGGAGUGAUAGUGGCAGUGGGAGGCGUGAUAUCGUUAUUGCUGUCAUUAUACUCGGAACUUUGGCUAUCAUAGGCAUCCUUGUUUAUAUUGGUUUCUGGAUCUACAAGAGGAAGAGGCAUCCUCCACCCUCACAAGAUGAUGCUGGUUCAUCUGAAGAUGAUGGAUUUUUGCAAACGAUAUCUGGGGCACCGGUGCGGUUCACUUACAGGGAGCUCCAGGAUGCAACUAGCAACUUCUUGAACAAGCUUGGUCAGGGAGGGUUUGGAUCUGUGUAUCUUGGUACACUCCCAGACGGCAGUCGCAUUGCUGUAAAGAAGCUAGAAGGCAUAGGCCAAGGGAAGAAAGAGUUCCGCUCCGAAGUAACGAUCAUUGGCAGUAUCCAUCACAUCCAUCUUGUCAAACUCCGAGGGUUCUGCGUAGAGGGAUCACACAGGCUCCUCGCGUACGAGUACAUGGCAAAGGGAUCACUGGAUAGGUGGAUCUUCCAUGCUCAAGAAGGUGAUGAUCACCUUCUUGACUGGGAUACAAGGUUCAACAUUGCACUUGGAACUGCCAAGGGAUUGGCAUACCUCCAUCAGGACUGCGAUUCAAAGAUCGUGCACUGUGACAUUAAACCUGAGAAUGUUCUUCUCGACGAGAACUUCGUCGCCAAGGUGUCCGACUUCGGCCUCGCCAAGCUGAUGACCAGGGAGCAGAGCCAUGUCUUCACCACGCUCAGAGGCACACGCGGGUACCUCGCGCCCGAGUGGCUCACCAACUACGCCAUCUCAGAGAAGAGCGACGUGUACAGCUACGGGAUGGUCCUGCUGGAGAUCAUCGGCGGGAGGAAGAGCUAUGACCCCGGGGAGGACUCCGAGAAGGCCCACUUCCCUUCCUUCGCCUUCAAGAAGCUGGAGGAAGGCGAGCUCCGGGACAUCUUUGACGCCAAGCUGAGGUACAACGAUAAGGAUGGACGCGUCGAGACGGCGAUCAAGGUCGCGCUGUGGUGCAUCCAGGACGACUUCUACCAGAGGCCGUCCAUGUCGAAGGUGGUGCAGAUGCUGGAGGGCGUCUGCGACGUGCCCCAGCCGCCGGUGUCGUCCCAGAUCGGGUACAGGCUCUAUGCCAACGCCUUCAAGUCCAGCAGCGAGGAGGGGACUUCGUCAGGGAUGUCGGACUACAACAGCGACGCUCUGCUCUCAGCUGUGAGGCUCUCUGGCCCCAGAUGAUGUGAGUCCCAUGUACAGUGCAGUGUUUAGUUUAGGUUGCAAGUGUUCAGUUUUGUUCUAGUGUCCGGUGCUUUUGGUGAUCAUUUGCUUAGAGUUUUGUACAUACUGCCUCCAUUUCAUAUUGUAGGACUUUCUAGCUUGGUCUAAAUUUAUCAAUUGAUGAAUGUAUAUAAUUU